CCCCUUCACUCAGUGCGGAGCCGCCGCUGGAGCGUGAGUGACCUGGGAAGGGGCCACGUCCGCGUCUUGCCGCCGGCUGCCAUGGGCCGCCCGUGCCCUGCGCGGCGGCUCCGCGCGCUAUUGCUGCUUCUCGCGCUGCUGCUGCCGCUCGCCCGCGCCUGGGACAGCGGCGACCUGGAGCUUUUCGACCUGGUGGAGGAGGUGCCGCAAAACUUCUACGGCUUCCUGGGGCUGCCGCAGGAUGCUUCAUCUGCAGACAUUAGGAAAGCAUAUCGCAAGCUUUCACUAACUUUACACCCAGACAAGAACAAAGAUGAAAAUGCAGAAACCCAGUUUAGACAAUUGGUGGCUAUCUAUGAGGUUUUAAAGGAUGAAGAGAGAAGAAAGAGGUAUGAUGAUAUUCUGAUCAAUGGACUACCAGAUUGGCGACAGCCUGUAUUCUACUACAGGCGGGUGAGAAAAAUGAGCAAUGCUGAGCUGGCAUUACUCUUGUUCAUUAUUCUCACAGUGGGUCAUUAUGCUGUGGUUUGGUCAAUCUACCUGGAAAAACAGCUGGAUGAACUGCUUAGCAAAAAAAAGAGAGAUAAGAAGAAAAAGACAGGAGGCAGGAGUACAGAUGAAGUAAAACUUGGGGCUGCUGACAAAAAUGAAAGAUCAUUGGAAAAACCACAGUGGCGUGAUUUGCUUCCGUGCAAGCUGGGAAUUUGGUUCUGUCUUACUGUAAAAGCAUUACCUCAGCUGUUGCAGGAUGCCAGACAAUUAUAUGUAGAAUAUAAAGAAACAAAAAUGAAGGCGAGAGAAGAUGCCCUGGCUAGAGCUGAACUUGAAACACUUCCGAGACUGGUUUGGGGUACUAGAAGGACAAAUUCAAAGGAGAAGAAACCUAAAGUCAAGAAACCAAAGUCUGAAUUCCCUAUAUAUACUCCUUCAGACUCCAAUGCAUAUAUACCAUCAUAUGAACAUGGAGCUUCUAUUGAAGAGAUUGAGGAACAGAUGGAUGAUUGGCUGGAGAAUAAGAACAGAACAUACAAAAAAAAGGCACCUGAAUGGACAGAAGAGGACCUUAGCCAGCUGACAAGAAGUAUGGUUAAGUUCCCAGGGGGGACCCCAGGUCGAUGGGAAAAGAUUGCUCACGAAUUGGGUCGAUCAGUGCCAGAUGUUACCAUGAAGACCAAGCAACUGAAGGAAUCUGUUACACAUACUCCAGGAAUUGUUAGACUCUCUGAGCUUAAAAACUUGGCCCAGAAUUCCAGAAAUGCCAAAACCAACAUGGAUUUGCCAGACCAUAUAAUUACGCAGCGAGAAAUAGAUGAGGAGGAGAAGGAGGAGGAGGAGGAGGAGAACUAUAAUCGUGACCCAGAACAGAUGGUUAUUCCAGCAGAUCACAGAGAGACCAUGACAAGCGAAACCAGACACCGCAAGCGAAAAACAGCCAAAGCAUCUGAAAUAACUCUAGCAACGAUGAAAGAGGUGGCAGAAGAUAAAUGCAGGGGAAAGCGUCAGAGAGACUUUGACUACACAGAACAGGAUGAAUAUAGCGAUGAUGAGACCAGAAAAAAAGAGAAAAGCCACAAUUCCGAAGAAUUGUGGACUCAAAAUCAACAGAAACUUCUUGAACUAGCCUUACAGCAGUAUCCAAAGGGAACAUCAGACCGCUGGGAUAAGAUAGCAAAAUGCGUCCCAGGAAAAAGUAAGGAAGAGUGUGUGGCAAGAUACAAGUUGCUUGUUGAACUGGUACAAAAGAAGAAAAUGGCUAAAAGCUGAAUCUUCUGAGCAAAAGAGUUUUAUUUUUAUUUUUCAGAAUGAGAUUAUAUUUUAAAUCUCAUAUGCAGAAGUUUGCAUUUUUGUACCGCAGUAUUUCUAUGUCAUGUGCCUUAGUAAACGAAAAUAUCAAUAAAUUUUAUGCCGUCUUGCUUAACCAU